AUGGCUACAGAAGUCCUCGGCGGCGAAGUUCUGGUUACACCCGAGACUGCUCCCAAUGGCGCCCAUGUGCACGAAGAUAUCAAGCCGGCCGACAAUGCCGUCCCAAAGGAGACACUUGAAUGCGAUGUCCUUGUCAUCGGCGCAGGUUUCAGCGGGAUCACAGCCAUCCAUCGCUUCCGCGAAAUGGGCAUGAGCGUCAAGUGCUUCGAGUCCGGUUCUGACUUCGGUGGCGUCUGGUACUGGAACAGAUAUCCAGGAGCUCGUGUAGACUCGGAACUACCCUUCUAUCAACUCAACAUUCCGGAAGUCUAUCGCGACUGGUCAUUCACACAACGCUUCUCCGAUCAUACUGAGCUAAGGCGGUAUAUGGCACACAUUGACAAAGUGCUUGGUCUUCGGAGAGAUGCAUACUUCAACGCCCGGGUCAACGAUGCACGAUGGGAUGAAAGUAGCGGAAAAUGGACAGUAAAGACCUUGCAAGGCCAUGUCGCCAAAGCCAAGUACCUCGUCUCCUGCACUGGCCUCCUCCACCGGACAUACACACCCAACUUCGAAGGCUUAUCCUCCUACAAAGGCGAAGUCUAUCACUCCGGUGCCUGGCCAGAAGACUUCAAUCCCAAAGGCAAGAAGAUCGGGCUCAUCGGCGCGGGCGCCACCGCGGUGCAGAUCACACAAGAACUUGGCAAAACAGCCUCAGAACUCACGGUCUUCCUCCGUCGACCAAGCUAUUGCCUACCAAUGGGUCAACGGGCUUUCACGGUAGAAGAGCAGAACAGCUGGAAGACCUACUAUCCAACUCUCUUCACCACAGGUCGAGACAGCGCCGCAGGCUUCCCCGCUGGCCGAGCAGGUGAUAGACUCCAAGAUGCCACAGCUCCAGAACGGCAACGUCUGUUCGAGGAGCUCUGGGCUCGCGGCAGCUUCAACUUCGCCCUUGGGAACUACGGGAACAUCCUGCUCGAUCCCGAGGCGAACAAGAUAGCCUACGAAUUCUGGCGGUCCAAAGUCUGCGCUCGCCUCACAGAUCCGGCCAAACACGCCAUCAUGGCACCACCAGUAGAAAAGCAACCCUACUACUUCGGCACCAAACGCUCACCGCUGGAACAGGAUUACUACGAAGUCCUGAACCAGUCGAACGUGCACUUACAUUCCUUGACUGAGAAUCCAUUGAAGAAAUUCACGGAAACUGGCUUGGAGAUGCAAGAUGGCAAGACGUACGACUUUGAUUUGGUGGUGUUGGCCACAGGUUUUGAUUCGUAUUCUGGCAGCCUGACCCAAAUGGGCCUACACUCCAAAGACAACGUCGACCUCGCCGACAUCUGGUCCUCCAAGGGCGUAAACACCUACCUUGGCAUCACAAUCGCCGGCUUCCCCAAUUUCUUCCACGCAUAUACCCCUCAAGCCCCUACCGCAUUAUCAAAUGGACCGACGAUCAUAGAGGCCCAGGUCGAGACGAUCGUGGAUAUGAUACGUAAGUUAGAAGCGGAAGGGGCGAGGAAGUUCGAGGCCAAGGAGGAAGCGGAGGAGGAGUGGAAAGCGACUUUGGCGGCGAGGAGUAAGAUGACGCUUCUGCCGUUCACGGAUAGUUGGUGGAAUGGAGCGAAUAUUCCCGGAAAGAAGGCUGAGAAUAUGAUCUAUGUGGGUGGUAUCAAUAUGUAUGAGAAGGAGAUAAGAGCGAAGAUUGAUGGCUGGCAUGGUUUCGACGUAGUGGGUGCGAAGCCCGCUGCUACAGCGGCAGCUGCGUGA